CUGCAAGACAUUGUUGAACUUGUAGCCUCCCCUGUGUUUACAACUGAGUCAUUGUGCUAUUUGGAGCACAAAAUAUCAUUUCAUAGGCAGUUGUUGCAGGAUGGUUUCCCGGACUUCAAGUUUAGACCCAAACAUCAUUUUGUGGAACAUUAUCCCUUCCUCAUCCGUUGCUUUGGACCAUUGCUUGACUGUUGGACUAUCCGUUUUGAAGCAAAGCAUAGUUUUUUUUAAAAAGUUGUCCGUGAUGUGAACAAUUUCAAGAAUAUUUUACUCACAUUGGCCACAAGACACCAACUCAUGCUAGCUUACUUCCUGGACAUGCCAAGCCUUUUUAAGCCUCCUGUAGAGGCUGGGAAUGUGUCUCUUGUUUCUCCAGACAUUUUGGAUAAUUCAGUCAGACAGGCCAUCAAGUCAAAGUAUAAAGAUAUCUCAUCUGUGUCUCUUGCUUCAACUGCAUCUCUGCAUGGCACAAAGUACACUGAGGGUAUGUUUGUGUCCCUUGGCAUCACAAGUGGUCUCCCAGAUUUUGGCAAAAUUCUCAAAGUACUCAUUGUUGCAGACAAGGCAUCAUUCAUCAUUGAGCCUUUUUCGGCCUGGUACUCGGAGCAUCUCAGGUGCUAUGAACUUACCAAGAAACCCUCAACAGACCUUGUUGUUGCAGAACCAGAAGAACUCAACAGCUACUGCCCACUGGCCCCUUACUCUGUUCAAGGAAGACUCCUGGUGUCACCUAGGGUGUUUCUACUUUGUUGAGAGAUUGGUGUUGAGGUUGCACAUCCUGUCUGACUUUCAGAAGACCUUCCUGCAGUCUACUUUGGCCCAUUUUUAUCUGAACUUUCCCAUCUAUAUAGAAGUCAACAUGUUGCUCCACGUCGUCCUUGCAGAUGACAACAUUCAGAGAGUUCGUAUCGAAAGACUUCCAGAGUCAGUGGAUGAUCUGAAGAUAAUGCUGAAGACGCCUCAACUUGAAGGGUGACAUGGCCAUCCAAUUCCAGGAUGAAGAAUUUGGUCAGUUCUGUAAUCUGAACAACAUGGAGGAUUUACCUGCUGAAAGGAUUAAACUGAAGGUUAUCAUCAAGCCACCACCCAGCAGUCCACAGUCAGACUCCACACUGCACACAGGAAGCUUGGACACAUCCAGCCGAUCCUCAGGCGAGACGUCCAGACGUUCAAAGCCCUGGCCGAAUCUGUUCAUCAUACCCACAUUCUCUUAUGACAUUGAGUUGAAGCUCUGGAAAGGAAAUGAUGCUUAUCAAAAGGAUGGUUCCCUGUUGCCCCUCACCAAUGACAUAAAGACAGGCAUUCUUGACAAGGUGGGGCGAGCCAUGUAUGACUUCAAUGCAUAUCCAACUCAGAAACAAAUAGAAGAUGUUGCCAAAGCCCUGGUUGAAAAGCAUCCGUGCUUAAAAGAACCAGGUUCCAAGGAGGGAUUUUACUGUUGGAAAUUUAGUAUAGGCUUUAAGAUGGGAAACCUCCGUCAAAAAUACCGCAUUGCUGGAUGUCCUGAGUUAGCAGUGAACCGCAAGAGGUCAGCAGGGCAAGAAACAAGAAAGAUGAAGAAAGCAAAGCGGUCAGAGAUCAACUUCCUUCCAGACUUCCCCCAAGGGAGAAGUCCUAACAACCUUGAAGAAGAUAGAGAAAUGCUGCUAGAUGAAGUUAAGAAAAAGAAGCCAGACAGCAGUCUGAUCGAUUCACUGAUGGGCCGAACAUUUGCGCUACGAAGACAAGAAAUUGUUGAGAAUGAGCCACUUGUGACUGAGGUUGAAAGGAGAUGGCCUGCACUUUUUUCUGAACGUCAGAUUGGUGCAGAGUUUAUGCGUCUUGUGUCUGUUGACCUCCUGAAGUCCUUCCUGAGUGGACUUGACCAGCAUCUGCCAAGGCUGAUGGACUUGUAUAAAGCACGGAAAAGACGCAAAACAAAACUGGGACACAACAUGGAGCUCCACAGUCUUCUGGAAUCCCUGGAUUUUGAAAACUCCAACCAAAGCAAAAGAUCUGUAGCACUUCUUGGACUUCCAUUCUUCUUGAAAGAGGAUCCCUUGAACUUCAUCAAGUUCUCCAAGAACACCAACUUUGUGGAGGAACCAGCAGUGUGGAACAGUGUGGAUGUUGGCCUGCUGAUCACCACAGAGCAAACUGAGGAGAUGACGGCCCGAUCAAAGAUCGUGGAUGUUGCUGUAAUCCUGGAGGAACACAUUGUUUUGCAUGAGCUGCGAGAUGUAACGGUUUUGCAGUGCUGAUUGGAUUACUUUACUGCCUCAACAUCAAUGAUCCUAAGGCACUGAAGUACACCUUUGAGGUGAUUCAGAAGGUAAUCAUGGACAUUGGGGGAAGCACCUGCUCGGGCUCAUGGACUGCGCAACAAAUUGCUUCAGUGCAAAGUGUAGAUGUUUUUGUACCAAGAUAGUCCCAGUGUAAUGUUUUCUCUUGCGCUUGUUCAUACAUUCCAGUUCUGGGAUAUUUGCAAGGAUAUUACAUUUUCACCUUUGGUAACUGUGUUAAGUGUUCUUGUUACACAAGAUGACCCACAUAUGGAUGGUUCUGCACAGUGAGGUAGGUUACUUCAAUCCUGAGUUAGAGCAAUAUGUUUCCUGUUCACAUUUGCAAGGAAUUACAAGGAGUUUGAAAUUUCAAGUGUCCUGUUAACAUGAGAAAAAAAAUAUUUUUUUCAGUUUUAUGUGACGCUUUCAUAUUAUGCCACAUUUACAUGAACACACACACACCCUCAACAACUGUUCAUACAGACAGGGACUGUCACACACACUUAAGGAUGUUACUGUUGACCUCCAAAAAAUUUGUGCACACACAGUACAUAUCAUGGAUACACAUACACACUCACAACUCACUGACACAAAACAAAAAUAUUUCCACCCCUCUCACUGACACAAGCAUUGUCAUUGUUUUUCUUUAUUUAAAGAUAUUGUUUUAAAAGAUUAUAGUUAUUAAAAUGAAUGUUUUUGAAAUAAAUUGUUUCAGACAUUGACCCAAAGCUCUAUUUGGUACCCUUUUUUCUUGCAAAAAAGAUCAUGUCGAUGGCAUACUUCAACAUUGGACUUUUCAGACUGGAAUCCUUGACCACUGCAGUUAAGUCUUUUCGGUAGAUGUAUGUUAAAAAUUCCCAAGUUGACUUAACUGAAAAUUAUUUGUAACCUCACUGCCUUAAAAUUUUGAUUAAGGCUAGCUAAUCAUUUCCGGUAAUUUCAACUCACUUAUAAAUCAGGCUAACAAAUUAUUUCAAUUCAUGUAAACUUAGAUAUGAGUUAAAGUUACCUUAAAUAAUUUGUACGCCUCAAUCAAAGGUUAGUAGAGAUUACUUAAGUUCAGUUGUUGAUGGAACAAAAAUAUUAGUUUGUCUGACUGAAAAAAGAAGAUUCCCAGAACAAAACAAGUUGUGAAAACUUGAUCUUAUAAGUUGAAGAAACUUAGUUGUGUGUUUACAUUAACUUAAAUAAUUUGUUGACUUAAAUCAA